AUAAGGCCAUAAGAAGUAGAUUCUUUGUUUUGCGUCCCCUUGCUUGCACGAUUUGGAGUAAAUCAGCAAAAACAAACACAUCCAAAUAGCAAUCACAAGGGUCUGAAAGUACCAUCACAUUUCGUUCAAUCAGAAUCAGACGAAAUGGCGGAUAAUUUGAUGUGCGUCAAAAUUGACAGUGUUAUAAUUACUUAGGCAUACAUUGUGUAUUUUCUUAUUUCUACCCUUGAGUAAUAGCUAUGUUUAAAUAUAUUGUAUAAAAUGGAUAGAUAUGCGUUUGUAAUCACUGCAAAUUGGCAUGUCAUCCCUUUUUAUGCCCAUAAAAUGUGUACAUUUCUCAGCAAAGAAGUUGGUGUUUUUUCUUGAGUUUGUGUUUGUUUUCCUUGUACCCUUGCAUGAUUUGAAUUUUGCCAGGACGCAAAACAAAGAAUCUACUUCUUAUGGCCUAAUUGGCAAACAUGCAUCUGCCUUCAAUACACUACAUACAAAAUUACAGGGUUACAUAGGGAACUUGACAUUUUAUUCCAAUUUAAAAUCCAAAGUAAAACUAAAACACAAGAAAGAAAUACACAAUAAAACCUGUCUUUGUACCUGUUUUGCCUCUCUCUAGUGAACACCUGUGUUUAGUGAACACCACAAGACACAUUUUACAAUGACUCUGUAGGGAACACCUAUAUACAGUGACCAAUUUUCACUCCAUAAGUGUUCACUAUAUACAGGUUUUACUGUAUGUUAUAUUAUAUUAUGUUAUAGAGUAAAAACAAUAAGUCAACAGGAACUAACAGAACUUUAAAAUGUAACUAAACAUAGUAGCAGUUUCAUAUUUCAACUUAUAUGCAAAUAUUGCUACAUGUCUUACACACCUACAAUCUGCAUGUUAUCAGGUGUUUUUUCAUAGAUACCUUAUAUGCAAAUAUAGCUACAUUGUCUUAAACAGCUACAAAACAAUCUGCAUG